GACCAUCUCGGCCGCCGUAGUUCGCCUUUUCACGUGGGUGCCCUGUCGUCAUGGCGGCAGUUCGGAAGCCGGUGUUGCUCGGGCUUCGAGACGCAAUGGUGCAUGGCCACCCCACCGGACCCGGCGCCUGGACUGCUAGCAAGCUGGGAGGUCUUCCGGACGCCCUGCCCACCGUAGCAGCGCCGAGGCCAGUGUGUGAACGUUGCCAGCAGUCGCUUGCCUUGGUCGUGCAGGUGUACUGCCCGCUGGAAGGUUCCCCGUUUCAUCGGCUACUGCACGUGUUCACUUGCCCCCUCCCCAGGUGCGGCCGCGGCGGGGCGCGCAGCUGGAAGGUGUUCCGCUCCCAGUGCCUGCAGAUACGCGCGAGAGAGGCGCCGGACGCUCAGCAACAGGAAAAUGGCCUGGCAGCCGAGGAUUGGUGUGAAGGUGCAGACGACUGGGGAAGUGACAGUGAAGAGGCACCUUCACCACAGCUGUCCUUGAAUUUUGGAAACAAUUCUAACGGUGCCAAAGACGGAGACUGGACUGCCCAGCUCCAAGAGCUCCACCUGCAGGAUUCUGUCCUGGGCGCUGCUCUUCCUGUGCCUCCUGGAGAAGGAGUGGCCUUGCCUUCUGUGGUGCCACACUUCCUACCCUACUACAUCUGUGUCGUAGACGAGGACGAUUACAGGGAUGUUGUCAGCCUAGAUCACGCUCAUAGCCUUCUGAGGGAAUAUCAACAGAGAGAAGGAGUUAAUGUGGAACAGAUGCUUUCCCAAAGUCUUCCUAGUGAUGGUAGUGAAAAAUAUGAGAAGACCAUAAUUAAAAGUGGAGACAAGACAUUUUACAAAUUCAUGAAGAGAAUUGCUGCUUGUCAGGAGCAGAUUUUGAGGUAUUCCUGGAGUGGAGAACCACUUUUUUUGACCUGUCCUACAUCAGAAGUCACUAAGCUCCCAGCCUGCACCCACUGUGGAGCCCAAAGGACGUUUGAGUUUCAGCUUAUGCCAGCGCUGGUCAGCAUACUGAGAAGUGCUAAUUUAGGUCUUUCUGCGGAAUUUGGAACAGUUUUAAUUUACACAUGUGAAAAGAGUUGCUGGCCUCAAAAUCAGCAGACUCCCGUGGAAGAAUUUUGUAUUGUACAAGAAGACCCAGAUGAAUUGUUAUUUAAAUAGAGCAUUUCCCUUUAUUUAUAUAAAUUAAAACACAUUUUAAUAUCCAAAUUUGUGUUUUUAACUUCACUUUGAUUCACAAGGUAUUCACUCUUGUUUUUGAGUGGUGGUCUUUUUGCUUUUUGGCACCUGUGCUGGGACUGAAGUGAGAGUUAGAACCUCCUGGCCGUGGGCUGGCCGACCUUUCCAGAGUUGGUGACCUUUCUCCAGUGGCAGCUCGGAACGUGUCUCCUCUGCCACCCAGAGGGCAGGUGUUCUCUGCACAGGCAGCUUGCUGGGCAUUCUAGGAGGGAGAGCAGCUGAAGAGCCGUAAGCCAGCAGUCAGCCCCUCUACCCGUGCUGCUUCUGCCCUUCUCUGUACUCUGUUGCCGUCCCUGGAUGCUGACGGAUCAAGCCAUCAACUUUCUCCAGCUGUUUCAGGCUCCCCGCCCUCACCCAUUCCUACUGUGGACAAAAAAGGGGCCACAUACUAAACCUGACAAGCUCAGGUCAGGCCUGCAUGGCGGGCCUUACAAACUCAGAGACCGAAAGUAACCACAUAGGAUGGUCUGAACCUAAAAAUUCCUAACUAAAAGCGGGUCAUGGCAGGUAGUCAUGUCCUAGGCCUGUAGCUUCCUUGGAAAAGGUCACUCUUUACCUUAACAUUUUCUCUGUGACAUUCAUCAGUAGUCGAAUGAUAUUUCCAUGCUGCUGACUGUGGUGUUCAACUUUACCCCAUGAGCUCAGUGUUCUAGAAAGGAAGUUUAGGAAAGUAGAUGUACAUUUUUCUAUAUUUUUGUGUUUUUCAAGAAUGAAUAACAAUAGGAAAUUUUUAUACUUUAAAGUAAUCAUUUAUUUUAAUGUAGCACCUUAAUUGUAUUUACUUAAAAAUACAAAUAUUGUAAUUAUUUUCUGUGGAUUUUGGACACAUUUUUGGGGAGCAAAUGUGAAAUCAACUCCGUGAAAAGGUUAAGCCUGUCUGUUGUCUUUUUGCAUCUAAGAUAACAUACCUUUGAAAUAUCAGAGUAAUCUUUUCCAGACCCCUUAAGGCAUAACCACUGGCACCAGAACACAGAGCACAGAAGCCCUCAUUGUUCCCAUGUUCCUUGAAGACCAUCUCUAUGUGCUAUAAAUGUUACUUAUUAACUAUCUUGUACCCAUCAAUAUAAAAGACCUACAUAUCUUCUAUUUUGCCUUUUUAUCCAACCUCCCCUGCUUUGCUAUCUCCCGUCUCCUUAAUCUACCACUAAUGGAUUUCAUGUACUCCUCCUUACUUCCCCUCCUUUUAUUCUAAUGUAUAAAAUAAGCUGCAAAACUGCCAUUCUCCGGAGCAUUUUCUCAUCCAUUGAUAUUUUGCUUCCCAGCAACUGUUGUCAGUUUGGCUCAAAUAAACUUAUAAAAAUUC